UACAUUAACUGGCAAUCAUUUGGCAGAGUUGCUCCGACUAGUCGGACGUAUGUGCGACAUCACACUGGAUACGACGCAAUCUUAACCAUGAUUCGUUUCGGAUUUUUUGUCCUGUUUUUUUCGGUGUGCUUGGAAAUUGUUGUUUCCCAGAAGCCUUGUGACGGAGUUCUUGGACAGCAGUUCCGGCCUGAUCCGUCGGACUGUCGGGUGUAUUACCUCUGUGGGCAGGGCAAGGACUGGAGGUUACAGUGUGGCCCCAACACAGUGUGGAACCAGGAAAUAGGAUCAUGUGUUCCCGUGGGAUCUCCCGAAGACAAGUGCACUCAGGGGAACAAAGACCCAUUACCUCAGAAGGCACCACAGGGUGAUCCAGGGGCUAGGUCACCUGGGACCAGGCACUAUUCACCCUUCAGCGAAUCCACCUGGCGGCCUACCUGUAGACCGGGAUCCACCAAGCGGUUUCCCCACCCUACCCGCUGUGCACAGUACUAUGACUGUGGGGCCGACCCUAAGGAAGACUGGUGGGGAAAGCACCUGAGGGAGUGUCCUUAUCCCACGGUCUAUGACACCGUUACUGGCAGUUGUGAAUACUACACAACUGUCAAUUGUGGUCAAAGGAAAAUGCCUCUUGAUCCAUGUGACUACCUUGCCCAGUCUUGUAGAAAUGCUCACUGUGCUCCCUGUCACAUUCGAUAUGCUACUUGUGCUGGACUUCCCGAUGGAAUUAAUACUUGGAGAGGACGUGAGAACACACCGUUCUAUGUUGUCUGUCAGGCUGGACGAGUGGCUUUCCAUGGACGAUGCAUAAACCCCGAACCUGGUAAAAGACAAAUAUAUGAUGAAGCUUUCCAUACGUGUGGCCGUCCAAUUGACUUUGAAAUGGGACUUGUUCAUCACAUGCACCGAGGAGAAAUGGGAAAAAGUGAAAUUGUUAAACAAAUACGCCAUGCAAAGAAAGUAGAACAGCCUCCUCAGUCAAAUAAUAACAACGCUGAACCACCAACUGGUUCACAAAGUACACAACAACAACAACAACAACAACAACAACAGAGCAAACCUCAUAUUAAUCAGCCUCAAGCAAAUCAACCUCCACAGCAAAAUGCAAACAAUAAGCCAACCAAUAAUCAACAACCUCCUGCUCAGUCAAAGACACCAAAGCCUCAUAUCAACCAACCUCAAAAUCAGAAUAAUCAACAAUCUGCAGCGGCUCCAUCUUCAAACAAUGCACCACAGAAACAACCCGCCCAGCAUACUCCACAUAUCAACCAGCCACCAAGUGCACCACCUCAAGGCAAGCCACAUCCACCAACUGGACCAGCCAGCCAUCAUACAAAUCCACCUCACACCUCCAAAUCUCAGAUGCCAAUUCAACAUACACCACAUGCCAAUCAACCACAGACACAGGCUCCAGUCAACAAUCCUCCACCCCAGCAACAACAGUACCAACCUCCUCCACAGAAACCACAAUACAACCCUCCUCCUCAGCGUCCACCUCAAAACUUUGGUCCACCUAAUCGUCCACCACCGGCUCAAUAUCCUCCACAGCAAGGCCCCAGCUCCUAUGGUGCUCAACCACCUCAUGUGCCACAACAGAUACCACCUCAACGACGAGGUCCACCAUAUAAUCCACCACAAAGUCAAAAUAAACCGCCACCACAGAACCCCAAUUCAUUGCAGACAUUCAUAAAUGAAAUGCAAGGCAAAAUGAGAGCACAACCACCGAACACUCCUAAUCCACAAAUAAAUCAGUCACCACCAGUGCAAUAUCCAAAUCUUCCUCAGCCUCAGUAUACUCAAGCACAACCGCCUUCUAGUUUUCAGCAUACAGUCAGGGCUAAACCUGGAAGACGUCCACCAAGACAACAACAAAUGUCACCAGUUCAACCACCUCAGCAUAUACCAAGACAACCAGUGGUUCCACAACCACCCAUUCAAAGACAGGCUCCACAUCCACAUCCUAAUCAGCAGAGACAGCCAUACCCUCAAGCACCCCAAGUGCAACCUCUCCCGCCUGCACAAAUGCAACACAGGCCUCCUACAGCCCCUAUGACAAGACCGGUCCACAAUGUACCACAGCCAAUUCGUCACAAAAAUAUGCCUCAGAUUCCAAAUCCACCAAGGCCUGCUCCAUUUCCAAAUUCUCCACCGGCCCAGCCUAUUCCAUACAGAAAACAAGGUCCACCCCAGCCACAACGUCCUAAUCCAAGAUAUCCUCAACCAAUUCAAAGAGCACCAAGUCAUGGACCUCAGCCAAUCCAAAAACUUCCAGUUGGACCUUAUCCCCAACCCCAACUUUACAAUGAACCUCCUACUGUUCGACAAGCAAUAGGUCAAAAACAUCCACCAAGCCGACCUACACCACCCAGAAAUAGCCAGGAUAAAAAGAAGAGGCGAGAACCUCCAAGACGCAUACCAAAGCGAAGGGCAUAAUGUUCAUCUAGAGAAAAAAGUGGAAAUUUGGUGAAUGUUUUAAAAUGGGAAUGUGACUAAAAGAGAAUGCUAGUGUAGAAUACAUAAAAUGUAUCAAAAUUUGAGAGCUUUCGUUGCUGUGUUGUUUUCGUCCAUUUUUCAGUGAUAACAGUAUUAAUUUAUUUAUUAAUUUUAUUGAUUGUUUUGUAUAAAAUUAUUGAAUUUUGUUUUAUCAGCGUUUGUAUAUUUGUUCUGUUAAUCAAAUCUGAGGGGUUUAUUUCAAGAUAUGAAAAGCGAAGUAAGACCACGUUAUUUAGAUAUUGUUACAAUACAGAUUAAUGCUACGAAUGUGUGAUUUUGGGUGGAGAGUAUGUUUCAAAACGUUAUAGCUCCCUGUCAUGCGCGGCUGCUUACAGCUCUGGAUUUGUGUAAGAUCGAUGGAUCGAUUGAUUGAUUGCAUGAUUGAUUAUUGGUUAGUCGAGUUGGCAGUACAUGUAUUUCAGUCAUAUGUCAGUGAUUUGUGUAAGAUAAGUAAACAUAAAUCAUUUAAUACAUGGUAUCUGUGAAAUAUGCUGGCGUUGUUAUAUCCAUUAUUUUAUCAUAUUGAUAAAAGAAGAGCUUUUUCUCUCUCAGUAUCUGAAGGAGUCGAAACAAUUACCGUUUGUGUAUGUUAUGGAAAUAAAUAAGAGAAAAUCUCCAUAAUUAACAUUUUUCCUUUGACAAAAAUUUUUAUUCAAACAAUUUUAUCAAGUGUCCCCAACUCUACCAAGUGCAUUUUAGGACUGGCGGAUAAUCUAAAUCUUAAAUGUUGUGUUCGUUUCUUUUUAAAGCCCUAAAAACACGUUUGUGUUUACAGCAGUACACAAAAGAACAAAACAGCAUAAAACCGAAAAUUUAUUCAUUUAGACGGAAAUAAGUCGUGAUAUCCCUUGACAACUAAAUAUACAUGGAAAAGUAAAUUAAUUUUCGGCGGUUGAUCCAACCUCAGACGACAAGUUUCGUCCUAGGAGUGUCAAAGAUUUAAUUGUAAUUAAAUAAUGAGUCGACACACUUUAUCUUUACACAAAGCGAUGAACCAUCUCGUCACGUAUUAUACAAUAUAUUCAAUGCAUAUUCGAAUUUCAUAAUAUGAUAAGUUGAUAAAAAGAGAAAAAAAUUAACUUGUGGUGCAUCUUUAUGUUUAAAUUAUGUUUUUUAAAUUGCUUAAUUGAUUUUUUUUCUUCUCUCUCUUUAUUUAUCAAUUUAAAUUCAAUAAACAUUAAAGAAAGAGAUGUGGUUGAAUCCAGUGCUUUUGUGCCCCUCUUUAAUGAAGUAACCGUUAUCAUUUUCGCAUUUUAUGUUGUUCUGUAAACCAUUUGCAAACCCUCAAUUACAGAAAAACAAGAUGUGUUUGUGAAACACUGAUGCCCCCGUACAGCAGCUUACAAUGAUGGUUAAACUUUCUCAAAUGUAAGUCAAACUCCAACGUCAAGAUCAAAAGGUCAAAUUGUUGGUACCCAAAGGAAGGUCUUGUCACAAGGAAUACACCUGUGAAAUAUGAAAGCUCUAUCCUUGUUCUAAAAGUUCAAAAGCUAUGACCAAUGUUAAAGUUAUUUUAAAAUGUAAGUCAAACUCUAGGGUCAAAUUCAAAAGGUCAAAAAUGUUUAUACCCUUUGAAAGAAUUUGUCACAAUGAAUACUAAUGAAGAAUGAAAGUUCUAGCACAAACUGUUCAAAAGUUAUAGCCAAGAUUAACGUUUGGAAUUUUUUUUGUAAAAGUGGGUCAAACUCUAAGGUCAAGAGGUCAAAUUGAUGAUAAACAAAUGUAUUAUCACAAGGAAUACUUUGCACCUAUGAAAUAUGAAAGCCAUAGCCCCAUGCAUUCAAAAGGUAUGGGCAGGGUUAAAGUUUUUUACGGAAACACGGAUGAACAGACAGACGGACAGAGCAAAAGCUAUACACAUGCAUACCCAAAUUUUUGAUUACGGUGGCAAAAUAAGAUAUUUUAUAUUACUGACCUAAUUAAAGAACAAAGUUAUACUCAAUCAACAUUAUUUUGGCAUUACCUUUGUUCAAUUUUUUUUUGUGUGUCAAAAUAAAUUAUAUCAAGUAUG